CCGCCUCAGACCGCAGCGCUUGGUUCCAGCCUCCAUGUUCGUGACACGGAGGCAAGCGGCUCUACUCGACUCCCGCAGCGCCAUCAAAUAGACUCGCCCUGACAACGUUGCCGUGGAAACCCCUCCUCAUCCCGUCUCCUCCUCCUCGCCCACGCCGCACGCAUCGACAGGAGCGGUAUUCCCGCCGCGCCCCUUCUUGCCGUGCCUGAUGAAUAAUCCAUGUGGAGGCAGCCGGGUCCAGGCAAGACAUGCCAUGUGCAUUUAGGAAUGGUCUCCUGGUCACAUGAUGGACUUCUUGGCACGGAGGCGAUCUGACCCCGCCGACUUGUUUUUGAGGAAGGCGACUGCCAUGUUCCUACUGACCUCUACUGAUUCCCUGUACGCGCUAAACGCCGCGUGACACCUCCGUCCUCGACCACCGUGGAGGACCUACGGCUUGAGGAAGACGCCGCCGCCGCCGCACCUCGCCAUGUUCUGUUUCUGUUUCCAGAGCCCGUCCCUCAAGCUGCAAGCCCUGGAGGCGGACACGGGUCCCCCUAACCCGGCACCCGAGGACCCCGGAGACCAGAGGAGCCUGCCUGCCCACCGGCAGCCUCCCUGCAGCGGGGAGUCCAGUCACACGCCGUUUCUCCACUCGCCUCCGCCAGUGGAGCGGUUCCAGCCUGUGGACUCGGCGCUCUGUGCUCCCGUGUACUCCCCCGCCCCGCCACCGUGGGGCGCCCCUGGAGAUGAGGAGCCCCCGUCCAGCUCUCCGGGCUCCACCGGCAGCCCUCCACUCCUCUCCAGCCUCACCACCAGCGAGUGUCCCGUGCCGUCGCCACGCUGCCCCAACCUGAGCGGCAGUCUGCGCUACAACCUGGACCCCGACAGCGCCCCCUCGCCGCCGUGCUCGCAGCACAUCCGCAUGGCGCGCCGCAGUGUCCACGCCGAGCCCGAUGACGCCACCUUGUCCGUGUCGCUGCUGAAACGACACGUCCAGACCUUGAGGAAGAGGAUCCGGCAGCUGGAGGAACAUUUUGAGCAGGAGAGGCUGAAGCCUUCCUACUACGACAAGACCGCCGCACACCCGGAGGUUGCCAGACUCAUCAAGGAGCUCCUGAAGAGCCGCAAGCAGCUUAAAGAGCUCAAGCUGUGUGACGUAGAGGCCGACGUCCUGAAGGGGGCUCUGAUCACCCCGAGGGAGUCUGGACUCUCAGGACCUGAGCCGGAACACAUCAACAUCAAGAAGAGCAGCAUCAGCAUCAGCAAGAAGCCCAGCGUGGAGGACAGCGUGCAGGUGGUGGUCAGCAGGCUGAAGGAGCGCAGACGAGAGCUGGGACUGCCGGACAGCAUCCAGGACAUGAACCAUCACCAGAUGAGCUUGGAGAAGUCCAGCCUGCAGAAGUGUCUCCUGUACUUUGAGAGUCUGCAUGGACGGCCGAGUACACUUCCGGAAUGUUCCGUCAUGAAGCCUUUUUAUGAUCGCUAUCAGGUCCUCAAACAGCUGCUGCUCCCCUCCUCUUCCUCCUCCUCCUCCUCCUCACCCACGCUCAUCACCACCAUCGAGGAAGAGGAGGGUUCUGAUGAAGAACCAAGCCCCGCACCAGGAAGUGAGUCAUCGGAGGCGCCGCUGUCUGUUCCCGCCGUGGACAUGUCCUCAACACCUGUGGUGUCUCCGCUGGACGAGGACAAGUCUCUCCGGAUGCAGUUGGUCACCAUGGCAACGCUACAUGAGGCCUCCAGAUCGGAAUUAUUAGAGCAGCUGAGGAGCACACGCUUGGAAAAACGAAGGCUUCGUCGAGCGCUUCGAGAGUUUGAAGACCUUUUCUACACGCUGAGUGGCAGGGUCUGUCAAAAGGACGACCGCGGCCCUAUGGCAGAGGAGUACUGCCAGUACAAGAACCUCAAAGCAAAGCUCCGCCUCCUGGAGGCUCUGCUCAGUAAAAAAGAGGAAAGAGCCAAGAGCAGCUGAGCUUCUCCGUGUCCAAAAGAAAUGAUGCACUUUACAGGAAGAUGGAAGUCCAAAAAGCACAAGAUGGCGCGACGUGUUUGUUAUGUAGCGUACUUCCUUGCUUUAUUUGUACAGGAUGAUCAGUGGAUUUAUGGCACUUUGCUAAUCCUGUGAAAUAUGCAUAUCUUGGCAAAAUCAAUCUCGGACGGAGUAUUGGAGUAUCGGGGCCACCACGACAAGUCCAGGGAGAAAUAGAUAAGUAACGUGAGAAAAAGAAGGAGAAGGUUGCAAUAUUGUGAGAAUAAAAUGGAAAGUGCUAGCUAAUAUGUUUCAGAUCAGUCAUAAAAUUACAAGGGAAGAAGUCCAAAUGUUUUAACAGUCAUAUUUUUCCCCGAGGAAAAAAAGUCACAUUACAUGAAUAUUUUUGGAGAAAAAAAAAAAAAAUCAUAUUUACAAAUAUCAGCAGGGAAAAAGAAGUAAAGAGUUCUAUAACGAGAGAGAAGUCAUACAUUCACGUUAUUGUCUUAGAACAGAAAAAUUGCAUUUACACCAAUAAUACUUUGUCAGCGUGGCCCUGCUACUCCUUUCUUUUCUGCUUUGUGCCGUCUCUUCUGAUGUAAUUCUUCUUUUUAUCAACUGUGUUCAUAAUCACUAAUCGCUGUCAUCAUCAUAGAACACUCUCUAUCUACUGGAUAUGUACAGAUGAAUGUCUCCAUAAAAAAUAAAUAUUUUUCCACAUUUAUCCCGCUAAACAGUGUUUUUUUUUUUUCUCUUUUGUCGCUCCCACCUUACACUAUGACGGACGGUCGCCACGGCGAUGGCACGCUCAUGCUCGUUAAAGGUCACCAGGCUCGUCCAUCACAGUACACGUCACUUUACCGGCUGAUGCGUUCGCUUACAGUAGGAUUGCGCAGCUUCUUUUAAUACCUUUGGUUUUUUGAAAGGAUGCAGGCAGCCUGGUUGGGGGAAAGGGGACUGCAGUACCAGUCCAAGCCACUGGAGGGAGGUAUAAAGAAA